UUGUUAUCGUUUAAUGCCAUUUUAGGUGUAAAUUCAGUUACCAGCUCCAGAAGCUGCAAUUGUAUUCGCCUCAAAGAUUGCACACAAUUCUCCAGUCUCCUUUUGCAUCACAGAGCGGAAGAACGCUUGUCAGUAUUUGCCCAGGUUCAUGAAGCUGCUUGUGGCUUUCAAGGUCUUGACCCCUUAGUCUGUUGUCCUCAAGAUGCAGAGCGCAUGUUGCGAUUCGCCCCGCCAGAUAGACCUUGGAUUUGGGAUAGUUUUGACGAUGAUAAAGGUCUAUCUGAUACUGAGAGGGAACUGCAUGAUUAUUGGGAUGUCAAGGCUCAACGCAAUUGCCCUCAACCUGUCGAACCGGAUUUCUUGGAUCAUCGCUUUGGCUUUCAUUAUCAAAUUGAUCAUCAGAGUCAUCACAAGACACGACCUGUGCCCGAAGACAAGCCAAUUGUGUUUCCUGGGGACUUACGUUUUCAAAUGGACUUUGAUAAUGAAGAAGACACAAAUGUGACAACACAAUCACCCCAGUCGUUGCCUGUAUUAAUGGAGCGCUCCAAUACUCCCAAAUGUGGAAUCAGUCUGAAUAGUCGAUUAUUGGGAGGCGACGAAGCCAUGCCUGGCCAAUAUCCAUGGCUUGCCAGGAUUGCUUAUCUGAAUCGAAGUAGUAAUCGUGUUGGCUAUCGCUGUUCCGGAUCCCUAAUCUCUGAGAGUUUCAUUGUGACAGCUGCCCAUUGUGUGAUUAAUUUGGUCAGUGACCUACAACUCUCUCACGUUAGACUGGCAGAUGCAGACAAUAUAUUUGCCAUUAGCCAAGUUUUAGUCCAUCCGAACUAUGACCAACCAAAAUAUGCAAAUGAUAUAGCUCUUUUACGGCUCAACAGCACGGCGGGCAAUUUUACACCCAUCUGCUUACCUACAAACAGCUCGGCUGGACCUGCUGAUAGGCUGAUUGGACAAUUGGGCGUGGCAGCUGGAUGGAGCUCUUCAAAUCCAGAAAGCAACAGCUCAAACAACUCCAGCACUGUCCGAUUUUUACGAUUGCCCAUAGUGAAUACGACCAGCUGUGCUCGGGCCUAUGCCAAGCUAAGUGAAAACUUCCAACAACCGAUUGUCAUAACCAACAGUCAUCUCUGUGCCCAGGGUCAGGCGAUGAAUGACGUUUGUCGCGGAGAUAGUGGCGGACCCUUUAUGGAUGAUGGCUCUUCUGGAUUAUUUGCCAACAAUGGACAAUACACAUUAAUGGGUAUAGUUGCCUUUGGGCCAACAUUAUGCGGCGUUACUACCAUUCCAGGUGUUUAUACGCUGGUAAGCAGCUUUGUUGACUGGAUUAUAAUCAAUAUCAGCAAUAGCAACAGCGGGAACAACUCCAUGCCUGAUUCUUAAACGACAGAGUAAUGUUCAGGAACACUUUUCCAAAAGCCAAAGUCUAGCAUAAAGAUGCCUUAUCUUUCCAAUAAAAAACUAAUAAUUAACUAUAGGAUAAGUAACACCCCAGAGGCAAACUUCGGUGCCGCGAACUCAAUAUACCCUUGCUGUAUGGACAGUGGAAUAGGUCAUAGAUUAAUACCACAGUGGCAGAUCUAGGGAUGAUAAAUGGAUCGGCCUUUGAUUAACAACAAUACAAAUCAAGCUACGGUUUUAUAAAUUGUUCCUAUAAAGAAAAAAAAUA